AUAAUCAUUCUAAUUAUAGUAUCUCCGAAUGGCAAUGUCAUGAGAACGAAACCGCAUUGACAUUAUUUACCGCUGUCAUGAUUCGUUUUAAGUGCUUUUCAGUUUGUUUCUGUUUAAUAACUCUUUCAUUUGCAUAUGAAGGAUUUCCUACCAAGGAAGAUGUUUCUCAGUGGGCAGAAGAACUGAAAAUUCAUCUACAUACUGAAUUUGACAGGUUAAUUGGAGUAAAAAAUCUAGAAAAAGUUUAUGAUGAUUUAAGGAAAGCAAAACUUCACAAAAUUGAUGGAUAUGAUUUAGUACAUAAGAUGUCUAAAGACAUGACAGAAAACUUUAAGAAAAAAAUGCGAGCUCUCAAGAAAUUGGUUGCAGCUGCUGAAAAAACAGUUAAGCAUUACAAGUAUAAUCAUUUAUUAUACUAA